AGACUAGACUUCUUCACAGCCCCCAGUGGUCCAGGUCACAAACGCUCCCCGCCCGUAGGGGCUGCUCAGAUUCGAACUGCAUUCCUUUCCUGGACAGUUUGCUGCUGAUUGGUACAAGCCGAAAGAAUACGUUAUACGCCGGCCAAGCUUCCUUUCUUUUUCUUUCCUGACACAUUGACUGUUAUUCCAAAAAUUAGUCUCGAUCUCUUCUCUGUACAUCAAUCGAUUUUGAAAGUAGUUUACUAAGGAAUCAAGAUCCUGGUCACAUAUUGGAAGCGAAUUGGUUAUUUGUUAUUGGUCAUACCUGAUAAAGGAUGAUUGGUCCCACGAGUGUCCCCCAGGCCCCUACCCUCAAUUCUUCUGAGAGUGCUACGACGCCCUUCAAACCUGGUCACGUGAUGUUGGGACUACAGAUAACGCUCAUCGUGAUAGUUAUGACCUUCACUGUGGUCGGUAACGGAUGUAUUGGCAUUCUGCUGAAAAGAUUCCGGUUCCUUCAAACAGUGCCUAACAUUCUUAUAGGUAACCUGGCGCUGAUGGAUUUCCUGAAUGUGGUGGUCAACAUGCCUUUAUUUCUGACCGCGGUAGUCCUGGGUCACAACACGCUUGGAGGCCGUUUGGGUUCUGCGAUAAUCUUUACAUCUCGAACCGCAGUCAUCUUAUUGCACCUUCUGAACAUGCUACUGAUGAUGGCUGAUAGAUAUCUCAUCAUCAACUGGGCACUGUACUACGGACCCUGGAAGUCCAAGAAGAAGGUUCUUCUUGCCGUGGGCUUAGUGUGGGUUGCUGUCUUUACUGUCGCUAUACCCUGGGGAUUUCUCGUGUACAGGGUGGAUCUCGAGGAGUCUCCAUACCUCGUCUAUCACUUGGCGUACUUCCACAUGAUCGGAAAAUACAACUGCUUUGUCACCUACCCAGCCCUUGGAGGGGCCAUCGGGAUAAUCGCCUUGCUUUCUUACAAGAGCAUCAAGAGGCAGGGAAAGGUUACAAUAAUGAAGGAAGAUGCUAACGUGAAAUACUCUUUGAAUGUUGUCCAAGCCUACUCUGCUCGUCAGCUGAACGAGCACAAAGCCGCCAUCACGGUCGCCAUGACAGUCUUGCUUUACGGCGUGUGCCUCGUCCCAUGCUUCAUCUACUGCUCCUUAAUGCCCAACACCUUUAGACUUCCCAGUAACAGGGUAGAGGUGUGGUGGGUGUUUCUGACUUGUAUGUCGUUUUAUAUCCCCGGGGCGUGCUGCCCCUACCUCUACGCCAUACGCUCUACUCGCUACCGUAAGGCCUUAGCCAUGCUUCUCUCCCGUCCCAACCUGAAAUUUUCAGAGAAACUGUAUUUACCGCAGGGCCACUAGUCAAGAAAGCAUUAGAUUGGCUUGAAUUCCAUUUCAUUGGUGCUCAGAUUUGAGGGGCCGUCUCGAACAAUCAGACCGGAUACGGGAAUCCGGAAGAACAGAAGCAGAGUGGUCGUAUAAAGAUUAUUCGGAAUCGCAGGUGGCCCAGUGUGUUAGCGCGUCAGCGUAUGGCGCCUCUCACCUCUGCUGAAACGGGUUCGAUUCGCGAUCGAGACAUAGACAGUAUCUUUUGCUUCUCAGCCCUGAAUUUGAAUUGCUGAACGUAUGUGAAAUUCUAGAAGCUUGUAUUCCUCAGUUCCAAGAUGGUUCAUGAAUACAUUAGGAUUUUAAAUGUGAAGCUCUUAGAACAUGGUUGGUAUAAGCGAUAUAUAAAUGCUAAAUUAUAAUUAUUAUUCCUUCCUCCCAUCUCCCCUCUCCCCAUCUUCCUCACUUUCACCGCGACGACAUUGGUCCUUGGGGGGAACCCGCGUUCUUCACCACAACGGCUGGACAACUGUCGAUUGGAUCAUGGCCAUUCAACCAAUCAUUGAGCAGCUUGCCAUAGGCCUAUCAUGAGAGUGGCCGAAUGCUGUUUUUUGAAAGCGCGCGUAGCCUCGUUUUAAAACAACAUUAUUCUUGCAUCGGCAAAUGUUUUAUUGUCAAAUAAAUCACUAAUCAACAACCAA